AUGGCCUCUCACCACGUCCUUCUUCUCGGCGGCCACGGCAAGGUCUCCCAGCUUUUGACUCCCCUCCUUCUUAAGCGCUCGUGGACUGUCACCAGCGUUAUCCGAAGUGAAGAGCAGAAACCCACCAUUGAGCAGCUUGGAGCUGGGCUCCCCGGUAAACUUAAUGUUCUCGUGAGAAGCAUUGAGGACAUCGACUCGCGAGACAAGGCUCUUGGAGUCUUGAGCGAGGUUCAGCCCGAUUACAUUGCUUGGAGUGCCGGUGCUGGAGGCAAAGGUGGCCCUGAAAAGACUUUCAAGGUGGACCGAGAUGCCGCCGUUCACUUCGUCCACGCUGCAGCUGCAGUCCCCAGCAUCACCAAGUUCCUUCUCGUUUCAUACCUUGGCUCACGUCGCGCUGGUGCCCCAUGGUGGCCCAAGGGUGAGUGGGAAGACUUCCAUGAGAAGGUCAACAAUGGCGUUCUCGCCAACUACUACAAGGCCAAGAUUGAGGCCGACGAAGUUCUUUACAAGGUCUCCAAGAAGAGCCCUAGUCUCAUCGGUAUCAACCUCCGACCUGGAACUCUAAACGAUAAGCCCGCUACCAAGGUUGAGCUAGGCAAGACCAAGCAUGUCUCGUCCCAAGACGGCAUUAGCCGAGAGGCUGUCGCUGAAGUUGCUUCGCAUCUUCUUGCCGCCGAUGGUAUCAAGAAUGGCUGGUACGAUCUUCUUGACGGUGACGAGGAUAUUCCUGCUGCUGUCGAUAGGGUUGUCAAACAAGGUGUUGAUGCAGCUGAAGGCGAGGCCGUUUACAAAGCUUAA